UCUACCCAUAUUUUGAGGGGAUGACUGGAAAUAGUGUGAUAUGGCAACCCCAGGAAGUGGAAGAUCUCCUUCUGUAUUUCAAAGAGAAAAUUAAGGAGUGUGGAAAUGCCCUAGUUCUAAGGGAGGUACAUCAUGAGGAUUGUGCUCGAAGAAUCAAUGAAAAAUAUGGUUCUAACUUCACAGCGAGACAAGUUUACAACAAGUACCACAAACUCAAGGGUGAAUGGAAGGUGAUCAUGGAUGCAAAGUCUGUAAGUGGUGCUAGUUUUGAUGAAGUGCAGAAAAAGAUAAUCCAUGAUGAAAUAGAGGUUGUGAAGAUGAAAUCUAAUAAUGAUAAGAGAGCCAAGUACUACAAUGUUCCAAUCCCAUUCUAUGAUGAGAUGGAGUUUGUCUUCACAGGAAAACAUGCUACUAGAGAGUUUAGUGUUCUUCAAACACCUUUUGAUUGCCCACCAAGACAAGAUGAUGAUAUCACUGGAAAUGGAAGACAAGGCCAAGAUCAAGUUGAUCCAAAUAAUGAUCCUUCAAAGCACUACGAUUCUGAUACUCUCCCAGAUUCUGAUAGCCCUCACUCUGUUGGUUCCAAGCGUCGGGCUGAAGAUAACAAAGAGAAGAAAGGGAAGCGAGCCAAGCAUGAUUACGCCAUGGUUCAAGAUGUCACCGGUGCUAUGAACAACAUGUCUGAGACAAUGCACUUCACUCAUGUUACUGAUCCAAAUGAGGGCAUUUACAAGAUCAUUGACAACAUGGAGGAGUAUCAUCUGCUAGUGCGCCUUGAUCUGCAGACUUACCUUGCUGAAAAUGUUAGGAUUGCUAGCAUGUUGAAGGGGCGGCCAGAGGAAAGCAUCAAACAGUGGGUGGCACGGUGGGUUAUGGACCGCUAUCCUAUGCCUUAAGCUCUUCUCAUAUGACUUUGGUUAGUGCUCACGGUAGUGACUUACUGGUUUUUGCUUUUGGCAUGCAGUAUGGAUCUAUGACAUGCUGUAUAUUUUGGCACUUUGAAAAUGAAAAUGGCAUAGUGUGUAUAUUUUGGCUGUAAGAAGUUAUGCGCGGCAUGCUGUAUAUUUUGGCCGUAUGAAACUAUAUGCGGCAUCCUGUAUGUUUUGGCCAUUAUGAAACUAUAUAUGGCACCAGUGUAAUUUAGUUGUAUGACAUAUGCCAGAUUAUG